AUGCCAAGAUCCUUAUCCCUCGCCCUCCACCAUCAUCACUCCUCCUUCAUCUCCUCGCUCACCCUCGCUUACAUCUCUCACGGUCUCAUCCACUCCGCCCACCUCCUCUUCCACACUAUUCCCAGUCCAUCCCCCUAUCUCUACAACCUCAUGAUCCGCUCUCUUACUAAUCAUGGCCAUUUCCACCACUCCCUCGGCCUCUACUCCUCCCUCCUCUCCUCCACCACCCACCGCCCUGACAAGUUCACCUUCCCUUUCGCUCUCAAAUCUUGCGCUGCCCUGUCCGACAUCCACAACGGCAAACAAAUUCACCAGCAUUCCAUUUGCCUUGGCUGCGAGAAUGAUCCCUUUGUGCGUGCCGCGCUGGUCGACAUGUAUUCCAAGUGCGGAUACAUUGACUCUGCUCGUCAAGUGUUCGACAAAAUGCCCCAAAGAGAUUUGGUUUCUUGGACUUGCAUGAUUUCAGGCUACGCUCAUAACGGAUGUAACUUUGAAGUGUUGGAGUUCUUCCAUCUCAUGAGAUCUUCCGGUGUGAGGCCUAAUCGUGUCAGCUUGCUUAGUACCCUGUUGGCGUGCGGCCGUCUCGGAGCUCUUUGCAAAGGACAAUGCAUUCAUGGACAUGCCAUCCAUACCGGUUUCGAUGCCGACGUUUUGGUGGCCACAUCCAUCAUUGACAUAUGGUAA